GUCAUGUGACUCUGUCAGAGGCUGUUGGAGUGUACGGGUAAAGUAUGGCGCCCGGUGUGGUUUGGUUCAUCACCACCGUUUUUAGUUUAGUUCAUUUAACACCGUUAAUUUUACUCGAAGAGGAAAAUGAAUUCAAACAGUGGAUGUCACAGCACAGCAGAGUUUAUGACAGUGAGGAGUAUAACCACCGACUCAACAUAUUUACUGAGAAUAAGAGGAUAAUUGAUCACCAUAAUGCUGGGAACCAUUCCUUCACAAUGAGCCUGAAUCAGUUCUCAGACAUGACAUUUGAGGAAUUCAGGAAAUUGUUUCUUUUGACAGAGCCUCAGAACUGUUCAGCUACUAAAGGGGGUCACGUAAUCAGGACUGGUCCAUUUCCUGAGUUUGUAGACUGGAGGUUGAAGGGAAACUUUGUGACUCCCGUGAAGAACCAGGGUUUCUGUGGAAGCUGCUGGACCUUCUCUACCACUGGAUGUUUGGAGUCAGUGAAUGCUAUCGCUACUGGCAAGCUAAUACCUCUGUCUGAACAGCAGCUGAUAGACUGUGCCAAAGCCUUCAACAAUCAUGGAUGCUUGGGUGGGCUCCCCAGCCAGGCAUUUGAGUACAUCAGAUACAGCAAAGGUCUUAUGACUGAAGAGGACUAUCCCUACAAAGGCCAUGAUGACUCUUGCCAUUUUGAGCCUGCGCUUGCAGCUGCUUUUGUCCUGGAUGUUGUCAACAUAACAAGUUAUGAUGAAAAGGCCAUGGUUGAUGCUGUGGCCUCGCUCAACCCUGUGUCCUUCGCCUUUGACGUCACGCAUGAAUUUAUGCACUACAAAGAAGGUGUUUAUUCAAGCACCCAGUGUAAGAACACUGCAGACAUGGUGAAUCAUGCGGUCCUGGCUGUGGGUUACGGUGCUGAAGAGAACGGCAUGCCAUAUUGGAUUGUGAAGAACUCUUGGGGCACAGUCUGGGGAAUGGACGGAUAUUUUUUGAUUGAGCGAGGAAAAAACAUGUGUGGACUGGCUGCAUGCUCAUCCUACCCUGUGCCUUUAGUUUGAGGAGCGACAUGGCAACAAAGUGGAGGACUGAUGAAACUCAGGAAAAUGUCAAACAUAAAUGGAAGAUUUCUGUCACAUUCUCUGAAGUGUUUUUAUGUGGAAGUUUGAUUUCUCAAAAGUAUGUACAGAAUUAUGCUGUGUUGUGAAUAAAUGCCAUGUAUGUAACAAUAUUAUAUAAGAAAAAAGUCUAACAAUGUUAUGUAUAUAAUUUGUCUAGGGCUUAAAACAUGGAAUAAAAAGAAAAUGGUAAUAAGUUGCAUCAUAGUUGGACCUAAUCUGUGUCCUUACUGGGUACUGUGUGUGUUGUUGUUUUUUUUUGUAUACAGUGUGUUCCAGUUUGUUACAAACAUUAAAUCUUCUCUCUCAACAUUA